AGCUUUGGAGGUAAAUUUAUUUUUUGUGUAUAUUGUUCAAGUCAGCAAAUUGAGAACAGUACUGGGACAGUAGGGUAUAUAUGUAUUUUUAGGCCUUCUGUCAGUCCAGUAUAGAUUUUGAUAAAUAUGGAGGAAGAUGACAUAGACUCAAAACCAGACAUUACAGUGGCAUCCAAGGUGUCUUUUGCAGAAUUAUGUGGUCUUCUAGAAAAAAUUUCUAAAAUCCAUGGCAAUGAUAAAAAGAAAGGAAUGUUGGGAAAAUUUGUGGAGACAUGGCGUAAUUUCCACAAGGAUCUACAUAAAGAGAAUCCAGACACUACUGAUUCUUUCUACUCGGCGAUGAGACUUCUGCUACCACAGCUUGAGAAACAGCGAGCUGCCUAUGGUAUCAAGGAGCAUAUGUUGGCUAAGCUAUUGAUUGAAGUAUUGUGCUUGGGAAAAGAUAGUGCCGAUUCAAACAGACUGCUGAACUACAAAGCUCCGAAAGCUGCCAAAGGCGAUGCGGGUGAUUUUGCAGCUGUGGCGUAUUUUGUUCUCAAAAAUCGCUGUCCUGAAAAGGGGACACUAACUAUUCAGGAAGUCAACGAUUGUCUGGACGGCAUUGCAACGAACAACGCAGCAAAGAAGAAGGACCUCGUUCGCAAAAACAUUCUAAAGCUCCUGACCAACAUGUCUGCCAUUGAAUUGAAGUGGCUCAUCAGGAUGAUUGUCAAGGAACUGAAAAUUGGGCUCAGUCAGACAUCAGUAUUCACUGUGUAUCACUCUGAUGCAGAGGAAUUCUAUAAUGUUAACAACAACCUUGAAAAGGUUUGUCGAAUGUUGAGGGACAAAAGCGUGAGAAUGCAUGAGAUUGGUAUAGAAGUGUUCUCUCCCUUUACUCCAAUGCUUGGUGAGAGGGCAGCACCAGACCAGGUUGAAAAAUUGAUGGGUGGCAAGCCUUAUAUUGUAGAAACAAAAUUUGAUGGAGAGAGAAUCUUGCUGCACAAACAGGAUGGAGAAUACAAAUAUUUUUCUAGGAGUGGUAAUGAGUACACAAGCACCUUUGGGUCCAAUCAGUAUGAUGGAAACCUGACUCCAUUCAUUCAUGACUGCUUCCAGUCAUCUGUGACGUCCUGUAUUCUUGAUGGAGAAAUGAUAGGUUAUGAUGCUGCAACAAACACAUUUGCCACUAAGGCCAUGAACACUGACAUUAAGCAUCAAAGAGAGGAAGGAUAUCAGCCAUGUUAUUAUGCUUUUGACCUUAUCAUGCUAAAUGAUCGUGUCCUUACCAACCAACCUUUGAAGGAGCGACUGGAAUCACUGAAGACUGUGUUUAACGAGAAAGAAGGGCGGUUUCUUCUCAGUAAACACGCAGAAGCCAGUACUAAUCAAGAAUGUGCAGAAGCAUUGAACGAGGCAAUUGAUGGCAGAGAGGAGGGAAUAAUGGUGAAGAAUCCAGACUCUGUGUACCGACCCAACACCAGAAAAGGAGGCUGGUUCAAAAUUAAGCCAGAGUAUGUAGGGGGUCUGAUGGAUGAACUAGAUGUCUUAGUGGUGGGGGGAUUCUUUGGGGUGGGUCAUCGUAGUGGGAUGAUGUCACACUUCCUGUGUGCUCUAGCUGUCCCAGAGGAGGAUGGAAGUCACCCAACAGUUUUCCAUUCCUUCUGCAAGGUUGGAUCAGGAUACUCAAAAAAGGAACUGGCAGAGUUCAACAAGAAAUUAGCAGAUCACUGGAAGGUUUUCAACAAGAAAAACCCACCGUCUUCAAUCAUUUUGGCUUCAGGAUUCAAAGAGAAACCAGAUGCUUAUAUUGAACCUGAAAAUUCAUGCAUUGUUCAGAUAAAGGCAGCAGAAAUCAUUGACAGUGACAGGUUUAAGACCGGAUUUACACUGAGGUUCCCACGUGUGGAGAAAUUCCGAGAUGACAAAUCGUGGCAUGAGUGUAUGACCGUGCCUGAGGUCAAAGAGAUGAAAGAUAGAGCUGGAGGGAAACUUGCUGGAGGAAAAGUAGAAUUGAGAGAAGAAGAUGAACCAACAAAGAAGAAGCGUAAAAUUGUAACUCAUGUGAUCAGGCCGACACUGGGAGCACAGUUCAGAGCUGCAGACCUAUCCAACAUCACUCAAACUUCAUCGAUGUUUGAAGGAAAAGAAUUUUGUGUGAUCAAUGGUCCGCCAUCCCUUGGUAAGCCAGCAAUUGAGAAAAAGGUAGUGGAGUUUGGUGGUUCUGUUGUUCAAAACCCAGGUACUACAACAUUUUGCGUACUGACUGAAAAGGUUGUAAUGAAGGUGACAAACUUAAUGAAGCGUGACUUGUACGAUAUAGUGAAGGUGGACUGGUUCAAGAGAUGCAUGGAUGCACAGAAAUUUAUUUCAUGGGCACCGGCAGACAUGAUACACACCUCAGCAAAGACGCAGAUGACUCUUAAGAAAGAUUAUGACGAGUUUGGUGAUAGUUACACGCAGGACACCUCUCCAGAACAACUUCAGUACACCUUCAAACACAUGGAAAAUUGUGAUACGUCCAUCACAUCAGAAGAAAUGGCAGAAGUAGAAGAGAGAUAUUUCCCCGAGGAUUCUCCAUAUGGGUUGUUUAGGACAUGCAGAUUUUACUUGGAUAACAAACUUGUGAUAGACGACACAUCCACGCAAAUCAAGAACUCAUCUCUAGAUUUUGUGGCCCUGGAGCUGAGAUUUUUCGGUGGAACAGUCUCAGACUCGCUCAGUGAUGAAGUCUCACAUGUGAUGGUUGACAAAAGAGAUUUAAGUAGAGUGCAAGAGCUCAAACAGGAGAGAAGAAAAAGAAGUAGAAAAUUUCAUAUUGUGACAGAGGAAUGGCUCCGUCAGUGUCUAGAGGAAGGUAGUUUGUGUUCUGAAAGACAAUUUGAACCUUCUUAAUAGUGUACCCUGCAACCAAUGGCAAGGAAUUAGUGAACUUAAUGAUAGAAGGAAUUAGUGAACUGAAUGAUAGAAGGAAUUAGUGAACUGAAUGACGGAAGGAAUUAGUGAACUGAGUGAUAGAAGGAAUUAGUGAACUGAAUGAUAGAAGGAAUUAGUGAACUGAAUGAUAGAAGGAAUUAGUGAACUGAAUGACUGAAGGAAUUAGUGAACUGAAUGAUAGAAGGAAUUAGUGAACUGAAUGAUAGAUGGAAUUAGUGAACUGAAUGACUGAAGGAAUUAGUGAACUUAAUGAUAGAUGGAAUUAGUGAACUGAAUGAUAGAAGGAAUUAGUGAACUGAAUGACUGAAGGAAUUAGUGAAUUGAAUGAUAGAAGACUCCCAUGUGUAAUGAUAGAAGACUCCCACUCCCGUGUGUAAUGAUAGAAGACUCCCAUGUGUAAUGAUAGAAGACUCCCGUGUGUAAUGAUAGAAGACUCCCACUCCGUGUGUAAUGAUAGAAGACUCCCACUCCCGUGUGUAAUGAUAGAAGACUCCCGUGUGUAAUGAUAGAAGACUCCCAUUCCCAUGUGUAAUGAUUGAAGACUCCCGUGUGUAAUGAUAGAAGACUCCCACUCCCGUGUGUAAUGAUUGAAGACUCCCACUCCCGGGUGUAAUGAUAGAAGACUCCCAUGUGUAAUGAUUGAAGACUCCCGUGUGUAAUGAUUGAAGACUCCCGUGUGUAAUGAUAGAAGACUCCCACUCCCAUGUGUAAUGAUUGAAGACUCCCGUGUGUAAUGAUAGAAGACUCCCACUCCCGUGUGUAAUGAUAGAAGACUCCCGUGUGUAAUGAUAGAAGACUCCCACUCCCGUGUGUAAUGAUUGAAGACUCCCGUGUGUAAUGAUAGAAGACUCCCGUGUGUAAUGAUUGAAGACUCCCGUGUGUAAUGAUAGAAGACUCCCACUCCCGUGUGUAAUGAUUGAAGACUCCCGUGUGUAAUGAUAGAAGACUCCCACUCCUGUGUGUAAUGAUUGAAGACUCCCGUGUGUAAUGAUAGAAGACUCCCGUGUGUAAUGAUAGAAGACUUCUGUUUGUAAUGAUAGAAGACUCCCACUCCCAUGUGUAAUGAUUGAAGACUCCCGUGUGUAAUGAUAGAAGACUCCCGUGUGUAAUGAUAGAAGACUCCCGUGUGUAAUGAUAGAAGACUCCUGUGUGUAAUAGAAGACUCCCGUGUGUAAUGAUAGAAGACUCCUGUGUGUAAUAGAAGACUCCCGUGUGUAAUGAUAGAAGACUCCCACUCCCGUGUGUAAUGAUAGAAGACUCCUGUGUGUAAUGAUAGAAGACUCCCGUGUGUAUGUGAUGUUACUCUUAGACUUGUUUGGUUUUUGCCUCGUUAUGAAAAAAUUGAGAGCAAUUUUGGUACCAAGCAAAGUGGUGUCCAUUUACAUUUUAGUGCCAUUCUAAUCUAAUCAUGUACAUGCACUUAUUGCAUUUGCUGAUCAUUUUUAAUUUCACAUAGUAAUUAAUUUUGUUAUAUAUGUAAUGUUCUCAUGUACAUGUUCUAAAAACUACAAUACAUGUAAUAUUAAAAUCAUGUUUGUUUGA